UGUUUGAAAUCUUUGUAACUAAAGUAGAUGAGUUCGCUACCGUGAAUGCUGCGUUUAUACAGUAUUUGUCAAACCGUUAUGUUAUUUAAUUUCCAUUUUAUAAUAUUAACAGCUGUGUUGAUGAUACAACUAACGUUACUGAUUAAAAUCAUGGACAUAAACAGACACAUCAGCGAGAUCAGCAUUCUGUAACUAUAGUGACAGAGUUGCGUCACCGUCAAACAGCGUCGUCGUAAACGUGAGCUAGCACAUUUGCUAUCCUUAGAAACGGCAAAAUAAAUAAAAGGUCAGCCAUUUUCUCUUGUCGUCCCCACGCUUUUAUCUUAGAUAAUUAUUAAGACGUUAUAUCACACUAUAUGUUGUUGGACGUUAGCUUCUUAUUUUGUUAUUGCUUUUUCUCAAUUUGUUCAGCGGAACCCUUUGUUUCCUCUCCGCAGUGACGGAAGCGGUGUCGUUGGGAACGGAAACCAAAUCUGUAAACACCAGUUAGCAGCAGUGUGAAUUCACUUACGUUUACAAUUCCACUGGAAUAGAGACCUGCAAUGUUCAAGAACACCUUCCAAAGCGGAUUUCUGUCUAUUUUAUACAGUAUCGGCAGCAAACCUCUGCAGAUAUGGGACAAAAAGGUGAGAAAUGGACACAUAAAGAGAAUCACAGACAACGACAUUCACUCAUCAGUGUUGGAAGUCGAAGGGACGAACGUGAGCACCACCUACAUCACAUGUCCAGCAGACCCUAAGAAGACAUUGGGCAUAAAGCUGCCAUUUCUGGUCAUGAUUAUAAAGAAUCUUAAGAAGUAUUUCACAUUUGAAGUCCAGGUCUUGGAUGACAAAAAUGUCCGGAGACGUUUUCGAGCGAGUAACUAUCAGAGCACGACGCGGGUGAAGCCGUUCAUCUGCACCAUGCCCAUGAGGCUGGACGACGGCUGGAACCAGAUCCAGUUCAAUUUGUCAGACUUUACCAGGAGAGCAUACGGAACCAAUUACAUUGAAACACUGCGUGUACAGAUUCACGCCAACUGUCGAAUCAGACGAGUGUAUUUCUCAGACAGACUUUACUCUGAGGAUGAGCUUCCGGCAGAGUUUAAACUCUAUCUUCCUGUCCAGAAUCAAAAGGCCAAGUAGAACUUCUGGGCCUGAAACAUUCCACCAACACUGACGUCUGUGUAGAUAAAAAACUUUAAUAUUGUAUUUUUUGGACUGGAGUUUUGUUCUGUGCUGUGAACUGCUAAUAAAGAUUUUUAUGGACUAACA